ACCGCCCAGUUCUCUCACGAUCCUGUCGCUGAAAAACAGUGCAUCUUGCAGUCUGGGUGCGGUAGCGAACAGUCUUUAGAGGGCUUAAGUUUGAUAAAGAUAAGGUAAAAUAAGUAAAUGUAACACUGCUCACUACAACGCAAAGAAACAAUCAAACCGAUCAAAAUGGGGGAAGCGGCCAACGGAGCCGAAAGGUUUGAACCUGGAGACAGCGAGCAAGACGAGGAGGAUGUAUACGAGGUGGAGAGUAUUAUUGACAUGCGUAUGGGGGAGGGUGAGAUCCUGUACCGCGUGCGGUGGAAGAACUACACCGCCGAGGAGGACACGUGGGAGCCGGAGGCCAACCUGGAGGACUGCAUGGAGGUGCUCCUGGCCUUCAGGAAGAAGGUGACGGAGAGCAAGGCCAUGAAAGAGGUGCCUGCGGUGGAGGUGGUGCAGGCGGUAGGCUCUAGUGCAGUGCAGGAACGUCAGCUGGCAGUGGCGUCCAGGUGCAUUGUGGAAACCCAGGAGGAGAAGGAGGAGAAGGAGGAGAAGGAGGAGAAGGAGGAGGAGAAGGAGGAGGAGGAGCAGGUGCAGUUGGCAGCCAGUAGGCUGCAGAGCGACCUGACGCCCAAGAAACUGCCUAUGAAGAGUGACCUGUUCAAUGCCGACUCUGAGAGUGAUAGUGACAAGCCAGAAGUAUCAUCCCCUAGAAAAAAGAAGAAAAAGAAUUUGGUGGAGGACCUUUCUCCAGAAAUGGAUACAAAAAAGAAGAAGCAGAAAAAGGAAAAGAAGAAAUGGAAGCAGGAGAAGGUUCUGCCAGGGCCAGAGUCAGACAGGAGUGAGACUGAUGAUGAGGACAGCGCUCCAGCUCCAGCCCCGCCUUGUGCUCCCAACGCCACUGAGCCCAAGCAGACCUGUGGGUCGGACGAUGGCGAGGAGGCCAUCGUCACUCCCAAGAAGCGGAAGAAAGAGACGUCCAAAGACACUGGGAAGCACAGGAGGGCCGAAGCCAAAGAUGCAAAAAAGCCUAAGAAAGAGGGCAGAGAGGGGAAGAAGAGGAAGGAAAACUGCAAAAUGCUGGAUUCCAGUGAGGAGGAGGACCAGUCGGCCACUGCUGAAGGUGAACUGAGUGAAGCUUCCGAGCCGCAGACCGCGAAGGCUGCCCAGCCGGCAGGGAAGCCCCAUUCUGUGCAGGGGGAAGAGCCGAUGACCAUGAAGGCCAAGCAGAAGCAAAGCAAGCCAGGGCUGAAGCUGCAAGGUAUCAGAGACCUCAUUCAUGAGAAGAAGAGCAAGAAGCCCCUGGCUCAACCCACUGAGAAGGAGAACGCCCAUCAGAAGUUAAAGAACUUAAUGAACCUCAAGAGCCAGAGGCCCCCCAGGAGCGUCGGCGAAGACGAACCCAGUCGCCUCUCUUCAGACUCCAGCGAAGUGGCCGCUGUCAUCUCUGUCAAGAAGAAGAGCAAAGUGCUGGAGGCUGCUAGCCAGGGUGCAUCAUCCUCACCCUCCUCUUCCUCUUGCUCCUCCUCAUCAGCAGCUGUUGCCACCAUGGAGGAAGAGGCCAAGCUGCAGAGCAGGUCGGCCUCGGGCCCAAAGGGCAAAUCCUCAUCCAUGGCGAAAUUGGAGGACAGCGCUGAGAAGGACCUCCCUCCGUCAACCAACCUGUUUGAGAAGUUUCUGCUGAACUGCGAGGCCAAGGACAGGGUGUCCCGGAGGCAAUCCACCCAUCCCACCACCCUGGAGAACCGAGCUGAACAGGCCAAGCCUAUCACACCAAAGACAACGGGGAAGGCUGAGAAAAAGGCAAAAACGUUGAAGGAAUCGCUGGCCCAGAAACUGGCACCCGACAAGAUGGAGAAGGCCAAGAAGGACACCAAGAUGCCGGGGGCUCCAGGCCCAGCGAAGAACCCUGCCGUCCUGGAGGUGGAGGAGAAGCAGGGGAAGAGUGAAAAGAGCGACGGUCAGGGCACGAAACGGGAGAAGAGCGACAGACAGUUGGAAAGGAAGGAGCAUACGGACUCUCCGGAAAAGCAGACGACAGAAGAGGCGACCGAGUCCAGAGAGCUGGGAGUAGCCUGGGAGAAAACGGGGGAGGUACAAGAGCGUAAAGAGAGGGUGGAGGAGCUGAGAGAGAGGAGGGAGCGGACCCAGGACGCAUGGGGGUGCCGGUUUGAGAAGAAGAAGGCAGUGACGACAAUGGUGACGGAGGGGGCGUCUCCCGAGUCUGCGGACGAGGCGGCUGCACCCGGGAGGGUAAAAGAGAGGAGGAGGCGGCGGGAGGACAGCGAGCCACGCCUGUAUAUCGCCUGCGAGGACAAUCAGGACUCUCUGGACCUGUUGGAGCACACCGACAGGACUAAAGAACUGACCCCUGCAGGACUCGGGCACACCCACAGGACUAAAGAGCUGACCCCUGCAGGACUUGGGCACACUGACAGGACUAAAGAGCUGACCCCUGCAGACAAGGGCCAAACUUCUCUGAACAUUGGGGUAGAUCUCAAACUGGACUGGAUGACCCUGGAGGACUUCCAGAAACACCUCAACGGAGACGAUGAGAUUCGUUCGGCCAUAGGCUUAUCUCCAAGUGAACUCCGGGAUGCAGUCAAAGGCGGAGACUACCUGGCAGUAAAGCUGGCCCUUGGUUCUAAAGAUGACUACAAUCUGGACCAGGAGGACUCGAGCGGGAUGUCUUUGACCAUGCUGGCUGCAGCGGGCGGGCGGGACGACAUGCUGCGGCUGCUGAUCAGGAAGGGCGUGAGGGUGAACGGCAGGCAGAAGAACGGCACCACCGCACUCAUGCACGCGGCCGAGAAGAACUUCCUGUCCACCGUGGCCAUUCUCCUGGAGGCCGGGGCCUACAUCAAUGCGCAGACACUGGUGGGUGAGACGGCCCUCAUGAAGGCAUGUAAGAGGGGGAAUGCAGACGUGGUGCGCCUCCUACUGGAGCAAGGGGCCGACUGCAACAUCCUGUCCAAGCACCAGAACAAUGCCCUGAAUUUCGCCAAGCUCAGCAACAACAUGAUCGUCUACGACCACGUGAAGGACCACAUGACCCUGCUCUCCAGCGUGGCAGAGGAGACGAUCAGGGCAUACUUUGAGACCCGGCUGGCCCUACUGGAACCCGUUUUCCCCCUGGCCUGCCAUCGACUCUGCGAGGGACCUGACUUUUCCCUGGAGUUCAGCUACAAACCGCCCCCACACAGUCCUGUGGAGGGGUCAGGGAUUCUCCUCUUUGUCUUCCACGCCAACUUCCUGAGUGAGAUCACGGCAAGGCUGUGUGGGCCCUGCAGCGUCCAUGCGGUGGUCCUCAACGACAAGUUCCAGCUGCCCAUCUUCCUGGACAGCCACUUCAUCUACUCCUUCAGCCCUGUGCCAGGAACCAAUAAGCUCUUCAUACGGCUGGCAGAGUCCCCCACUGCCAAGGUCAAGUUGCUGAUCUGUGCGUACAGAGUACAGGUACAGUGAUGUGCAGCCCUCUGGGUCAAAGGUUACGGUUGAGCCCUGCCCAAUCGCAAGGGUGCGCCAAUAACCAGAAAUGCGGCACAGCCCACACCUUCCGGGAGGAGUUCUGCCAAAGAGGAUACGCGAGUCGCAGGGGCCACGCCUGUUUUCCCAGGACUCCAGCCCCGGGCCGGGGACAGCGGACACGUGCAAGGGCUCCAAAAGGGUGCAGCAGACACUGCCUGUGUUUUAACGCCCUUUGGGCCUGUGGCUAGUUGUUCAAAGCUGACAGACCUAUUGCGUGCUUUGUUGGGAGCUGCCUUCACUGAGAGCCAUGAAAGGAAGACAUUCCCUUUGCUCCUGUGAUCUUAUCCGCACAAGUACAGGAGCGGGAAAUGCUGUAAAAGAAGCCAUUGUUUUUGUUUUUUUGGUGGGAUGGGGAUGUGUGGUGACAGUUGAAGAUGGCGGUACAGUUCAAACUGGGCAUUUUUUCGUGGGUACUGAAGUUUUGUCUUUUAAUGAUUAUUUAUUACCUCAGAGUUGCCGGCUCUUUUCACAUGUUCUCUCUGGUCUGAGAGGCAGGCUGCGUAGAGGCCAGAGUGUGCACACAACAGGCCAGGGUUUUGCUCCAUGCGCCCAAAACUCACUUUUGCUUGUUUUAUUGCCGUUUGGUCCGUUUUUUGUUUUUUUUGCUAAAGAUAAGCAGCUACACUGCGAACAAGCGUUUUAGUCUUGUAAUAAGACUCAAGACCUUAAGUUAUUCUCUCGUUUAGAAAAUAAUGAGCUUGUUUUAAGUUACACUUAAGACUAAAAUACUUGUUUUUUUGCAGUGUCUGCAGAAUGGGAAAAGGGGUUCAGUCCAUUUUGUCGCCGUGAGGAUGAGAGAAAAUAUUGUGUGCUGUACAGCAAAGGCGUUUGACUGCUGGCAAAGUGGCCAUCAGAACCCUGUUAAUGUAUUCACCAAUCUGGUGAUCGAAAUCAGAUUUUGAUGAGCGUUUGUUGCCAAUGGCAAGCAUUUCAAAACCAAAUCAAGGCCAUAUCUCCUGGGUCAUCAGUAAUCAGUUCCUACUGUUUAUGAUACUUUUUAUUUUUUCACAACCAUGACACUUGGCCCAGAUUUAACAUUGAUUUGCAGCCAUGUUUUAAAGAAAAAGGCUUCUGACAAUUGCUAUAUGGUUGUGCACUAGCAGGCAGCACUGACCUGAGUACAGAUGAGCAUUGAUUUAUAAAAAUAUAUUUGUGUAAAGGAAUGCACCCACAGGUUCCCAUUUACCAUUGUCUACACAAUGGAUACACUGGCACUUUGCUUAGGGGUCCACCAUUUCCUUUUCUGUUUAAGCUGUAUAUACUGUACCUUUUCAUGACAUUUCUUUUUAUCCAUGUAAACAAAAACAUGUUUUACAGUUCAGUUCAGUUAAAUAUACAUUAAAGCCAUUACCAACCAUCCAGUGAAUGUUGUAUGCAGGACUGAAAGUGGAUUUCCUCCCAACACAAGAAAAGGCUAAAAUAAUUUACACCAAGCUUCCUUCACGUCAGCCAACUCAUUCCCAUAAUAAAGCACCACACCAACCAA